AUGCGCCAGACAGGGAACGCCCUGAUUGGUCCCGCAGCGGGACGUGGGUCGGCGGCGCCUCCGCAAAAGCAGGCGGAAAUCCUACCGGUGAAGCUCGCCCUUGCUGGAGGGCGGUUCCUGCCCGGAGCCAGGCCUCUGCCCCCUUCUCUGCCCCACCGGAAGGCGGUCUGGGGCGCACCACUAUACAAGGGCAACCCCGGACAGCGCGGUUGUCAUCCGGCAGGUGCAGAGGCCGCGAGAAGGGCGGAGACCCGAUUCAAGAAAUAAGUGAAAAUCCGCCCGUCUGAGGGAGAUCUGGCAGCUGCCCCCCUGCGCGCCCGGUCCUGGCUGUGCAGCUCGCAGGGCCCGCCGGGAGGAGGAGCGGCCCAUGGAGCCCCCGGGGCCCAAGCAGGCCAGGAGGUUCGCCCUGAGGACGCCGGGGGAGGAGGAGGAGGAGGAGGAGGAGGCAGCCGCGGUGAAGCCUCUCUUCAAACCCGCUUCAGCAGCCAGAGCCACAGCAUUGCCUGAGCCCUCAGCUGCGCCCAGGGGGGCAUCCUACGCAGACUACAUCGUUGGACAAGCCGUCGCCUCCUCUUCCUCCUGCACUGCUGCUCAGCUGAAACCCACCUCUGAUGCUCCCGCUGCAUCGGCCAGGAACAUCUUGGAAGAAGCCCCUCUGCAGAACCAGGACAAGAGUGCUGUGCCCCCCAAAAGCACCGCAGAAGACAAAAGCUCCCUCUUGAACCCCACAGCCCCCAAAGCAGGGGCCAAGCACAACACUAUUAUCAUCAGUCCCCGGCAGAGGGGGAACCCCAUUCUGAAGUUUGUCCGCAACGUGCCUUGGGAAUUUGGUGAAAUUGUCCCAGAUUAUGUGUUGGGCCAGAGCACCUGUGCCCUUUUCCUGAGUCUCCGGUACCACAACCUGAAUCCAAAUUACAUCCAUGAGCGGCUGCGUAACUUGGGGAAGAUGUACCAGCUGCAGGUGCUCCUGCUUCAGGUUGACGUGAAAGACCCCCACCAGGCAGUCAAGGAGCUGGCCAAGAUCUGCAUCCUUGCUGACUGCACCCUCAUCCUGGCUUGGAGUCCAGAAGAAGCCGGACGUUACUUGGAAACGUACAAGGCCUACGAGCAGAAGCCGGCUGACCUGCUGAAGGAGAAAGUGGAGCAAAACUAUCUCUCGCGGGUGACCGACUGCCUGACCAGCGUCAAAUCCGUGAACAAAACAGACACCCUGAGCCUGCUGUCCACAUUUGGAUCACUGGCCAAUAUUGUCCAGGCGUCCAAGGAGGAUCUUUCCCUGUGUCCUGGCGUUGGGCCUCAAAAGGCAAAGAGGCUCUUUGAUAUCCUUCACGAACCAUUUCUGAAGGUGCCCAAAUGAGGAGGGGGCUCGAGAGAAACAGAGGAUGGGCCCAGGAUGAUUCAGAAUCAUCUCUGAAAGGACCAGUUUCCAAUCCCCUUCCGCCCUCAAAACUCCAGGAAGAGCAACACAACUCUCUCUCUCCCUCUCUCUCAGGAGAAAUGAAGCCCCUUAUUUUGCUAUGUGGACAUUGCUUAACAGAACAGGCAAUAAAACAGCCAGGAAAAACAAA